UUUCACAAUGUCAGCAAACCACCUAUUGGCAUUCUUCGCUACAGUAGUAGUAGUACUGUACUACUUCCCACUCCACUCCACACUCUUUCUCUCUCCUCUAUUGACGUUUCACCUUCACACCUCCAAAAACACUAAAGUUUUUCCUCCCAUGGCGGAAUUUUUCGAUUCCCAUUUCACCAUUAUUACUCCUCGUUUUUCCCCCUCCUUUUCUUUUUAAUCCUCUCUUUAAAUGGUGAUUUUUCCCUGAUCACGAAAAAGGCAGACGAAAAGUUUUUCUUUUGUUUAAUAUAAUUAUAUAAACAACAACAUUAGUACUACUCCUAGCUAAAAAUAUUUUAACUUUCUCUUCUUCCCAAAACAAAAAAAAAAAUCCGAAACUUUUCUGAUUCUUCUCUAUUUUAAAUGAUUGAUAUAUAAUCUCUCAUUUUCUCAAAAGGAUGGGUGAAGGGUUUUGAUUUUUUUGUUACAGUUUUUUUUUAGGGUUCUUCAUUUUUAUCUUUCUGGGUUAUUUUCCUUUCUCAUUUCCUUGUUCUGGGUUUUUAAAAUUUGCCAUUUUUGGUUACUAAGAAAGGUUUUUUAUCUCUUUGCUUUACAUACAAGUUUCCUUAAACGGUAAAAAAAACAAAGAAAGCGACAAAACAAUGGCACCCUGGACCAACUAUGAUUUUCCUUCUCUCACAUCCUCACCUCGUCCCUCAUCUGGAUCGACCCGUUUUUCAUCUGGGUCAACCCGUUUUCCAUCUGGGUCGACUCGUUCUUCAUCUGGGUUUAGUGGGUCCCACUCGAAUCAUCGAGGUGGGUCCCACCGUGGUGGUCGUGGUGGGUCCCGAGGUUGGUGGGGUCAGGUGGGUGGUGGUAGUGGUAGUGGUGAGAAGUUUGUUGAUGAUGAACCAAACCCAUUUAUUGAAGAAGUUUGUGAGAAAUUUGAUGAACUAGAAGUGAUUGAAGAGAGUAAUGAAAUUGCAAAAAAUUUGAAAAAUGAAUCAAAUAUGAUAAACUUUGAUGCAUAUGAGGAUAUCCCAGUUGAAGUAAGUGGUGAAAAUGUGCCAAAACCAGUAACUACUUUUGGUGAGAUUGAUUUAGGGAAAGCUUUAAAUGAGAACAUUAAGAGGUGUAAGUAUGUUAAACCUACCCCAAUUCAACGCCAUGCUAUCCCCAUUGUUAUGGAUGGUAGGGAUUUGAUGGCUUGUGCUCAAACUGGUUCCGGAAAAACUGCCGCCUUUUGUUUUCCAAUCAUUGCAGGUAUUUUGAAGAGGGUGCCACCGUAUCGGCCACCGUUGUCUCGUGGUAGUAGUGCUAGUGGUGGUGGUAGUGGUAGGAUGAUUUGUCCUGUUUCUCUUAUAAUGUCCCCAACUAGGGAGCUUUCUUCCCAGAUACAUGAUGAGGCUAAGAAGUUUGCUUAUCAGACAGGAGUUAAGGUGGCUGUAGCAUAUGGAGGGACACCCAUGGCGGAUCAGCUUCGUAAGCUGGCAAAAGGUGUUGAUAUUCUUGUAGCUACACCAGGGCGCUUGGUUGAUAUGAUUGAGAGGGGCAAGGUUUCUCUUCGUAUGGUCAGGUAUUUGGCUUUAGAUGAAGCAGAUAGAAUGCUCGAUAUGGGAUUCGAGCCUCAAAUUCGCAAGAUUGUCCAGCAGAUGGAUAUGCCUCCACCAGGUUCCAGGCAGACAAUGCUUUUCAGUGCCACAUUUCCUACUGAGAUACAGAGGCUGGCGUCUGAUUUCCUCAAAAAUUAUAUUUUCCUGACUGUUGGAAAAGUUGGUUCAAGCACGGAUCUGAUUGAACAAAAAGUUGAGUUUGUUGCAGAUUAUAACAAGAGACAGCAUCUCAAGGACCUUCUUAUGUCCCAAAAGAUGAAUGGAACUAAUGGAAAGCAAGCUUUGACCAUUGUAUUUGUUGAAACGAAGAGGGGAGUAGAUGAUCUAGAGUACUGGUUGUCUUCUAAUGGCUUUCCAGCAACAGCAAUCCAUGGUGACAAAGUUCAAUGGGAAAGAGAAAGAGCUCUGAAAUCUUUCAAGAGUGGAGCCACUCCAAUCAUUGUCGCAACUGACGUUGCAGCACGAGGCUUGGACAUCCCAUGUGUGGCUCAUGUCAUCAACUUUGAUCUGCCUCGAGAUAUCGAUGACUAUGUUCAUCGCAUAGGUCGUACAGGACGUGCUGGUAACUCAGGCCUUGCAACUGCUUUCUUCAAUGACAAGAACCUCGGAAUUUCCAAGGCACUCAUUGAGAUCAUGGAAGACAGCCAUCAAGAAGUUCCUUCAUGGCUUGCAGAAUAUGCUGGGUCAUCCUCAUAUCAUGAAAGCGGGGGUGGCAGCAGUGGUGCUCGCCGUUCUCGAGGUGGCAAGUUUGGUGGCCGUGAUUACCGAAGUUUCAAUCAAGCUUCAAAUGGGUAUUCGGGUUAUUCGGACUACUCCAAUACUUAUUCGGCUCAAGUACCAAGUGCUGAACCUUUUAUCGACACUUCUGCUGCUGAUUCUUGUAAUACCCCGGAAUAUCGUCUGACUCAUGGUUAUGAGUCUAUUGUGGCCAGUGGCUGGGAGUGAUCAUGGUAAUCUUUAGUAGUAUUUUGGCAGACUUUUAAGACUGAAACUACAUAACUGAUAGUAGGAUGUAAAUGGGGUUCAAGUUCGACUUUUGAAUGAAGCUCUUUCAAACCAACCACAAUAGCAAGGCAAAGUUGUAGUUAAUUUUCUCUAGCUUUUGGGUGGCGUGGUGCAUUAAUUGACAUUGGAAGUUUUUGUAUAGGUGGUUGGUAUAUCUAUGUUUUUUCACUGGUUUAGAUUUCAGAACAGUAUUUGAGAAAUGUCAAAUUGCUUGAUAUUCUGUUAUGCUAUGCAUGAUAUCUUUAUCUACUCUAGUUAUUAUAAAUAUUAUAAAGGCUAAUGGAUUCAUCUAAUA